CAUAACCAUAACCUCAAAUUUGUUUGAAGUUUCCAUUUUAAUGAAUAUAAAAUUGUAAUAAAUAUCGUAAUUAUUCAGUUAGUAGAAGUUUUUGGAAGUAUAUUUUUUUAUGUGAGCGGUAUGAAUUGCAUAAAUACUAUAUUAUCUUCGAUAUUGUAACAAUCUAAGCGAAAUCAUUAUGCUAAAUUCAUUUACACUGUACAUCAUAAUAAGAAACAAGGUCUAUUUUAUGUAAAAAUGGAUAAUAAUUAAGUUCUGUUACGAUAUGUUGCUGAUGAAAAGGUUUUAGAUAUGCAAACAAUUAAUGUACCGCACAUAUGUAUACAGAACAAAGUUUGGCAUGUCCACUUGCACAAGUACUACUGUAACUUUAAACUGAAAUUCAAUAUUUUAUAUAGUUUAUAAAAUGGAAGAAAUAGAGUAUACAACUUUGAUCGAAUGGUUUUGUCACCAAUUUUAUUAUAAUGGUAUGGUGCUUCAUGCUAAAGAAGCAUGCGAAGCUUACCCUGCAAGCGAACGUUUAAGAAUUCUAUUAAGUCUUGCGUACGCAUUGACUGGCAAAACUCAAGAGGCAAUUAAAGAGAGCUUGAGCUUAGUAAGUAACACGGAUGCAACUUUAGCAGCAUUGCUUGUGCAGAAUGUAGCAUACACGAUUGGCGAGAAUGUUGAAAGGACCACUAUGAUGCAGAUUGAUACAAGAAUCAGAGAUGAAAGGAGAAAAUCAUCUCCUAAUGCAUUGUCAUUAGCUGCCUUGGUAUUACUUUUGUCGCAGAAGGUUGAUAAAGCUAAAGAUUACACGGAGAGAGCUUACAAACUAAAUCCAUCCAAUGUAAACGUUUUGCUAGCUAAAGGUUGGGUAGAUCUGUUUGCUACAAAUGAAAAUGGUUUGGACAAACCAAAUCUAUUUGAAGUCGUCUUAGAACAAGAUCCAAAGAACGUAAACGCUCUGCUAGGUUCUUCCAAGUACAAGCAGCAACAUGGCGACAGUGCGGGCGCAAUAUUAACAUUAAAUUCAUUGAUCGUACGCUAUUCUAAGUUAUAUUUACCUUUAGUCGAGAAAUUGUACAAUCAACUUACCUUGAAGGACUGGGACCAAGUGUUGGAAACUGCUAACAGGAUAUCGUCGAUCGAUUCGAAUAACUUGGACGCUCUAAAGGCCCAAACAUUUGUAGUUUUUUGCAGGGAUGGAAAUUAUAGCGAAGGGUUGAGAUAUUUGCAGCUGUUCUUCAGGAAUCUUAUGCUUACGGAAGCUAGAAACGUAACUGUCUUCAUCGCCGGUGUACAAUUAUUUUCGCGGUUGGCUUGCAAGAAUCAAGAGAUUCUAGCUGAACUCUCUAGAGCAACCGAGAAGAUGCUGCAACAAAAUUCCAAGAGCGCAGAUCUUAUGGUCGAGUUGGGUAAUUUAUAUGUUUCGUUAAACAAAACAAAGGAUGCUGAAAAUUGGUACAGAAACGCUGUAAGAAUAAACGAGUCUUCGUUCGCUGCUUUAAUGGGUCUGGCGCAUUGUCAGCUUUUGGAUGGUUCGGUCGAAGCCUCUGAAUUAGCGCAGCAACAAAUAGAUUUUCUCAUGGAGAUACAAUCCAACUCGAUGGACGCAGAAUUGCUUUUCAUGUCUGCAAAGCUGAAGUCUAGCGAUCCGAAUAAAGCUCUUAAUUGUUUGGACAGUGCAGCUACGAUCAUAUUGAAUAAUUGCAGGUACGUGCCAUAUGGUUACGACUACGUGAAAAGAUUAAAUCCUGACUUGUGUUUAGAGAUCUCUAAACAGCGUCUGAUUUAUUCGAUAACGAGCGAUGGAACGAACCUGGAGAAAACCGUAUCGAAUAAAGAGGAACCAAGCUUAUAUUUAUUGGAACAAUUAACAGACGCGUAUCCUGGCUUAAUAGCAGCGCAAUUAUUGUUGAGCAAAGCUAAAAUGCAAACGGGAGAGUUAAACAGAGCUUCGGAUAUCCUGAAGAACCUCUUGGAUAAUAUCGAUUCGUCCAAUGCCGAAGCUCAUUUGCUCAUGGCGCAAAUUUUGGCUCGCCAGGGAAAUUAUCAGCAAGCUUCUCAGAGUUUGGAAGUUGGUUUGAGCUACAACUUUAAGAUCAGGGAUAAUCCGAUCUAUCAUUUAAUCAUCGGCAUGGUUCAGAGAGAAAACAAAGACGUCGAGGGCGCCAUGAAAAGUUUCCAGGCUGCUAUGUCGUACGCAGGAUUGCUGUCUCACGGAAAUGUCCAGAAUGCUGUACAUAUUUCCAUGUCGGACACGGCAACCUUGUAUCUGGAAUUAAUUUCUGCGUACAGCGAGAUGGGACAAUACAACGAAGCGACCGCUGCGGUCCAGGAGGCGAAAAUAAAAUUUGGAAACACCAUAGAAGAGGGCAGAAUAUUAAUCGGGCAUGCCGAGCUACUUUUAGAAACGGGAGAACUGGACGAAGCCAUCAAGUGUCUGUCCAAAGUAACUCCUGACCAGCCUUACUAUUUGCAAGCUCAUACACGCUUAGCUGAAAUAAAUUUGAAACACAAGAAAGAUAGGCACGCUUUCGCCAUGUGUUACAGGGAGUUGGUGGAACACUGUCCAGAUCCCAAGACGUACAGCAUGCUCGGAGACGCGUACAUGUCUAUACAGGAGCCAGAAAGAGCGAUAGAGGCGUACGAGCAAGCGUUGAAACGGAAUCCAACGAACAAGUUACACAUAGCCAGUAAAUUGGGGAAAGCGCUGGUAAAGACGCAUCAGUACACGAAGGCUAUAAAUUACUACUGGGACGCGAUGAAACAGGAGAAUUUCAAAGGUUUGAAACUGGAUCUCGCGAAACUGUUUAUGACAAUGAAACAAUAUGACAAAGCGGAAUCCACGCUGGUACAAGAACUGCAAGAUGGUCGUCGAGAUUCGGAUGUACAAAGCUUGGAAGUACGCGGCCAGCUGUUGUUGUUGCUUGCGAAAACCCGGGAGAAGGCGGACAACAUCAAAGGCGCUCUGUCUGCGCUUAAAGAAGCCAAGGAAAAUCAACACAGAUACAUGCAGCGUCUAACUGGUCCCGGUUCAGAAAACGAGAAACAGAUUCUAACCAACAUCUGCUUGACGAUGGCAGACUACUCGUCCUCUCUGAGGGACUACGACCAAGCUAUAAUGUAUUACAAGGAAGCUUUGGAUCACAAGCCUACGAAUGUGCAAGCACUGUUGUCAUUGGCGAGGCUGUACAUGCAGACCAAUAAUUUGGAUCGAUGCGCCCAAAGCUGUACAGCUCUGUUGAACGCGGAUCCGAAUAACGAAGCUGCCUCGAUAAUGAUGGCUGACCUCGCGUUCAGAAAGGUGGACUUUGACACGGCAGCGUUUCACUUUCGACAGUUGCUAAUGAAGCAACCGACCUACUGGACCGCACUGGCAAGGCUGAUCGAAGUUUCCCGGAGAACAGGGGACAUGGACGAUCUCGAGGAAUGGCUUCAUCGAGCGGAGAUAGGGAUGAGCGGGUCGAGCUUAACGGCUGGAUAUUAUUACUGUGCUGGCUUAUUGGAUUGGCGUAUGGGCAGAUUAAAUUCCGCGCUGCGUCAGUUCAAUUUUGCGAGACGUGAUCCUGAGUGGGGUCAACAAGCAAUAUACAAUAUGAUCGAGAUUUGCUUAGAUCCGGAUGAUGAUUCUUCUCUCUCGAACGAUGUCUUUAACGACGAUGACGUGGAAUGCCAAGACUCUAGAACGAUGGCCUUGAAAACGGCGUAUCGUCUGUUGCAGGAGUUAAAUCCUAAGGGCAACUCGCACGAGAUGUUGACGCACAGGCUGUUGAGCAAUUUCUUCCUCCUGGCUACCAAACAGAAGUCGAACAUAGAGAAGGUUUUACAGGAUUGCACGUCACUGGCUAGUCAGGAAGCCCUCAGAGAUCACGUGGGGCCUGCUCUUGGCAUGGCGAUGGCUCACAUCCUGCUUAAACAAACCCCUAGGGCACGGAAUCAUUUGAAACGCGUCAGCAAGAACAUAUGGACGUUCGAAGACGCGGAAUAUCUGGAGCGCUGUUGGCUGCUCUUGGCGGACAUUUACGCCCAGUCGGGCAAGUACGACUUGGCGAACGAUCUCCUGAGGCGCGUGUUGCAGCACAACGCCACUUGCGUCAGGGCACACGAACUAUCCGGCUACAUAGCGGAAAAGGAGCAGAAUUAUCGCGAAGCCGCCGCGCAAUACAGUCAAGCCUGGAAGUACGGUGGUAAAUUCAAGCUUUCGGUCGCCUACAAGUUGGCUUACUGUUCCAUGAAGGCCAAGUCGUACGCAGAGGCGAUCGAAGCCUGCAACGAAGUUCUGAAGCUGAGCCCUGACUAUCCGCGCAUCAAGAAGGACAUUCUGGAAAAGUGUAUCAACAACUUGCGUACUUAACACUUUAUUUACCGGGAGCCUAUUUAUAGGCUUUUUAAUUUCAGUACUUAGCUUUUCGAAUUUAUUUACUGUGUUGAUGGUCGUCUACUUACAAUGUUCAGUUUUUGGAAACAGACUUGGCUUUCAAUGUACUAGUUACGAUAUGGAGGAACUACUGUCAACCUAGAUUGGCAUAUGCUACUGUAGAAAAUUCUUUUUUGAAUUAAAGACUGUUUCUAAAUAGCCCGGUAGAUAAAGUGUUAAUAUAAGUUCUCUGUCUCGCCGUGAACAAUUUACAUUGUACAUAGUGAUAUUGAUUGCUGUAAUAAGAGAUAGUAGCGAUACGAGUAAGGUUUAAUAUGUAUUCACCACAACUAUUAACGCAAGUUCUCUGUCUCGCCGUGAACAAUUUAUAUUGUACAUAGUGAUAUUGAUUGCUGUAAUAAGAGAUAGUAGCGAUACGAGUAAGGUUUAAUACGUAUUCACCACAACUAUUAACGCAAGUUCUCUGUCUCGCUGUGAACAAUUUACAUUGUAUUUGCUGUAAUAAGAGAUAGUAGCGAUACGAGUAAGGUUUAACAUGUAUUCAUCAGUCAAAUAAAAGUAGAUUCAUUGGUGACUGGGUCACCAAAGCUAUAGUAUUGAGUCAUGAGAUAAGAAACGAAUUUCAUACUUGUUGCAAACUUCACUAGUCGACCUAUAACCAACAAAAAUGAACCUGAUCACUGCAGAGAAAGGAGAGUCCGUCGUUACAAAUGUUUCACUGCUGAAGAAGAACGUUCUGCGCGUCGUGGUUACUGACGGAACCACAGAAAUCACCCUAGCACUCCUGUACAGGAUUCUCUCUGACAAUACAUUUGGGUCAGACCAACCUAUAUUAAUCAGUGUUUACGAGUUCCCAGCGAAAGCAGUGUUUCUGGAGAGCGUCGAGAUCGAGCUCACCUCGUUUUGUCCAAACCUCUUACACGGUUAACAAACACCUCCCCUUUUUUCUGUCUAUAUUAAUAAAUAAAUAAGAUAUUUAAUCACGUUGUUUCGUGGACCAGGCGUCACUUAUGGUCACGACGAAUCGGUGGCGUUUAAAGACGCAGACGUUGUGUUGUGCAUAGGUUCAGCGAGGGA